AAUAUAUUAAGCACCUUCACUACAACAAAUUAAGCUAAAUCUUUUUAUUAAGCCUUUAGUUUGAGUUUGGAGCAAUCGUACUACCAAAAAAGAGUUCCAUUCUUCCAAAUAUCCAUUGUUUAAUUUGCUCAGUUGCUCUCAUCUCCAAUUUAAAAUUUGGAAAUCGAAAGAGACGAUGGCGGACACACUCGGUGCUCUGAGGUCUUUAAUGUCCUCUCACUCUCCUCCUCUUCACGCUUUGAUUGUUCCUUCAGAAGAUUAUCAUCAGAGCGAAUAUGUAUCGGCACGGGACAAAAGGCGCGCAUUUGUGUCUGGAUUCACCGGAACUUCUGGUUUGGCGCUUAUAACAAUGAAUGACGCACUUCUGUGGACCGACGGCCGGUAUUUCUUACAGGCAGCUCAGCAGCUCAGCGAUCAGUGGAAGCUCAUGCGUAUGGGAGAAGACCCUGCUAUUGAUAUCUGGAUGGCUGAUAAUCUACCAACGGAUGCAGCCAUUGGUGUUGAUACAUGGUGUGUAUCAGUAGAUACUGCACAGAAAUGGGAGCGUGCUUUUGCUAAGAAACAACAAAAGUUGGUCCAAACUACUAGGAACUUGGUUGGUGAAGUUUGGAAAAAUCGGCCACCUGCCCAAGCAAAUCCUGUAAUUGUGCAUCCAUUGCAAUUUGCUGGUCAGUCUGUUGCAGAUAAGUUGAGAAUUUUGAGGGCAAAGCUUGUACAGGAAAAAGCUCGUGCUAUGAUUAUAACAGCACUUGAUGAAGUUUCAUGGUUGUAUAAUGUCCGUGGCAGUGAUGUAUCAUAUUGCCCGGUUGUUCAUGCUUUUGCGAUUGUGACAUUAGACUCUGCCUUCUUCUAUGUGGACAGACGAAAAAUGUCCACUGAGGCAAACUCUUACAUGGAGGAAAAUGGAAUUAUAGUGCGGGAUUAUGGUGAUGUUAGCUCAGAUGUCGUCCUUCUUGCAUCUAAUCAACUCACUCCUUCCCCCACUAAGGAAUUUCUAAGGAACCCAGAGAUUGAUGGGGGAAAUGCCGCUAAUAAAGGAAAUGGUGCUAGUCAUGCUGUUGAGUUUGUAAAUGACCUCAUUUGGGUUGAUCCAGGAGCAUGUUGCUUUGCUUUGUAUUCAAAAGUGAGUGCUGAUAAAGUUCUCCUUCAGCAAUCACCUUUGGCUCUUGCAAAAGCUCUGAAGAAUCCUGUUGAGAUGGAAGGAUUGAAGAAGGCCCAUAUUCAGGAUGGGGCAGCUGUUGUGCAAUAUCUUGUCUGGCUUGAUAAGCAGAUGCAGGAAAUUUACGGGGCAUCUGGUUAUUUCAAGGAGGCUGAGUGUACCAAACAGAAGAAACAACUGGGAACUAAAAGGCUGACAGAAGUCUCUGUGAGUGAUAAGCUGGAGGAGUUCCGUGCAUCAAAGGAGCACUUUAGAGGACUGAGUUUUCCAACUACCUCUUCUGUUGGUUCAAAUGCGGCCAUUAUCCACUAUAAACCUGAGACAGAAACAUGUGCUGAACUCGAUCCAGAUUGCAUUUACCUAUUUGAUUCUGGAGCACAGUAUCUGGAUGGAACAACUGAUAUUACACGGACUGUUCAUUUUGGAAAACCUACUCCACAUGAGAAAUCUUGUUACAACGCGGUGCUUAAAGGGCAUAUAUCUUUGGGCAAUGCCAUGUUUCCCAACGGAACCAAUGGGCAUGCUCUUGACAUUCUUGCUCGAAUUCCUUUGUGGAAGGAUGGUCUUGACUAUAGGCAUGGUACUGGACAUGGGAUCGGGUCGUACUUAAAUGUCCAUGAAGGACCUCAUCAAAUUAGUUUCAGACCAUCUGCAAAGAAUGUGCCACUACAAGUUUCAAUGGCUGUAACAGAUGAACCUGGUUAUUAUGAAGAUGGGAAUUUUGGAAUAAGAAUAGAGAAUGUGCUAAUUGUCAAGGAGGGCAAUACGAAGUUCAACUUUGGCGAUAAGGGUUACUUAUCAUUCGAGCACAUAACUUGGGGACCAUAUCAGAGGAAACUAAUUGACGCGAGCAUUCUGGUGCCCGAAGAGAUUGAAUGGUUGAACGAAUACCAUGCUAAAUGUAGGGAAAUUCUUGCUCCUUACAUGAAUACAUCUGAGAUGGAAUGGCUGAAGAAGGCUACCGAACCCAUUGCAGUUUGACACGCCCCUCUUACGUGAUUGGAGUUAAGGUUUUUUCGCAUAUUUGUUGUCGCCUUGUGGAGAUGAAAGAUUUAACUCCUGAUGAUUUCACAAAGGGGUCAGCACAUUGACAGAUCUGUUGUGCUCUUGAGGAGAUGCCACAAGUCUUUCGAGGGUUGCGCAAAAUUUGGUACCAUAACCAGGAACAGACUUAAUUAUAAAUAGAAAAUUCAUUUUUGCUGGCUCACUUUGUUGUCUCUCUUCUUCGUCCCCUCGCUUUGUAUUAUUGUAAUAUUGCGUGUAUCCGUGCUGUGCAGGGGCGUAUGCUCCACCAUUAGAAUUUGAUACUGAUAUACAUGACAUAUAAACGCUUAUAUACAUACGUGAAGUUAAUUCAGUAAAACAA